CGCCGCCGCCGCCCUCCUGCCGCGGCUCUGAGGGGAGACGGUUGUAACGUCCGCACGCGCCUCGGCGCUGAGGGAGAAGGAGGACGCAGAGAGAGAUUUUAGUGAACAGCAGCUUGAGUGAAUGCUUCAUGUUUGUGUGAUGGAUGAAUUCCAAGAACAUGCAAGCGCUUCUUUCCUGGUCUGAGUAAUGUAAGCAUGAAGAUCUGUUUAUGUAGGAAACUGAAAGUAGCAUAGCAAAAGGGUACUCAUGGGUAAGAGAAAGGAAGAAAGUAUUUCAAAGCCUGGAUCCCAUAAAAGGCAGAGACAAGAAUAUACAGAUGAACACAGUGAUGAGUCUAAUGAAGGAAAAAAUUCUGAGCCAUCAGCAGAUAAUGAUUUCUCUUCACAGUCGACUGGAGGAGAAGUUGGGAUAAUUGAAAGUAUCCAGCUCAAGAACUUCAUGUGCCAUUCUAUGUUGGGGCCUUUUCAGUUUGGAUCAAAUCUCAAUUUUGUUGUUGGAAACAAUGGAAGUGGAAAAAGUUCUGUGUUAACUGCUCUUAUUGUUGGACUUGGUGGGAAAGCCACUGCAACAAAUAGAGGUUCCUCAUUAAAAAUGUUUGUACGAGAUGGAGAGACUUCCGCAGAUAUUUCCAUCACCUUGCGAAACCAAGGCAGAGAUGCAUUUAAACCAGAUGUGUAUGGUAGCUCCAUUAUUGUGAAUCAACGCAUUAAUCUGGAUGGAAGCAGAAGUUACAGACUGAAAAGCAAAUCUGGGAGCUUAAUUUCUUCAAAGAAAGAGGAACUCAUAGGAUUACUGGAUCACUUUAAUAUACAGGUAGAUAAUCCUGUGUCUAUUUUAACCCAAGAAAUGAGUAAGCACUUUUUACAGUCCAAACAUGAAGGUGACAAGUACAAGUUUUUUAUGAAGGCAACUCAGCUGGAACAAAUGAAAGAAGAUUAUUCAUCUAUUAUGAAAACUAAAGAAAAUACCUGUAAUCAGAUAGAACAAGGAGUAGAGCGUCUUCAAGAAUUGAAGCUGCUCUAUUGUGAGAAAAAGAAACGCUACAAAAGCAUUGCAUUUGUGAAUGAGAUGCGAAAACAUCUUGAAGAUUUGAAACAUAAAAUGGCAUGGGCAAUGGUGAGUGAGAUGGAAAAAGAAAUAGAGCCAAUCAAAGAAGGCAUCAGAGCUGAGGAAGGACAAACCACGAAGUUUGUUCAGAAGGUAGAAGAGUGUCAGUUAAAAGUGAGUGAAGCAGAAGAAAAGUACAAAGCAAUACAAGACAAGUUAAUGGAAGUAAGUGAAGGAGCAGAAGCCUUGCAUCUUCAGUGUGUUUCUUUGAAGGCUGAUGUACAAACAAGAAGAAAAGCAGUCAAUGAAGCUGAGGUACUUUAUAAUCGUUCCAAAACUGAGUUAAAGCGUCUGGGAAAAGAUGAUGAACAGCUGCAUAAACGAAUUGAAGAACUGAAAAGCAGUUCUAAACAGGUUUCAGAGCCUGAAAAAUUGGAAAGGCAGAGGAAAAUCGCACACUUAAGGGAAAAACUAAAGGCAUUCCAUGAUGAAGAAAUAAUGAUUGAUCAACAGAUGGAUCAGUUUCAACAGGCUAUAUAUAAAUGUAAGGAAGAGCAUUCUAGACUUAGGAGAGAAGAUUCCGAUGCAAAAGAAGCACUGGAUGCCAAACAAAAACAGCUGAGAGAACUGAAAGAUAGUAAAACAAAUACCUUGAAAAGGUUUGGAUCCCAUGUACCAGCGUUUCUUGAAGCAGUUGAAGCAGCUUAUAGGCAAGGGCAAUUUAAACACAAACCUAUUGGACCUUUAGGUGCUUUCAUUCACCCAAAAGAUGCUGAACUGACCUUGGCUAUUGAAUCUUGUUUAAAGAACCUAGUUCAGGCAUUUUGCUGUGAUAAUCAUAGUGAUGAAAAAGCUCUUCAGCUGCUGAUGUCAAAAUAUUAUCCACGUGGAUUUAGACCUCAAAUAAUUGUAAAUAAAUUUCAGAAUGAAGUUUACGAUGUUAGAUACAGAGGAGUUCAUCAUCCAGAAUUCCCAUCGGUUCUCACAGCAUUGGAAAUAGAUCAUGCAGUGGUUGCCAAUUGUUUGAUCGAUGUGAGGAGUAUAGAAACCAUCCUGCUGAUUAAAAGUAGCUCUAAAGCUCGUGAAGUAAUGCAGUCUAAUCGACCCCCAAAAAACUGUAAAGAAGCUUUCACUGCUGAAGGUGAUCAGGUAUUUGAAAGACGGUAUUACUCUUCUGAUUACCUCAGACCCAGAUUCCUAAGCCAAGAUGUGGAAGCAGAAAUAAGACAUUUGGAGAAAGAAAUUGAAAACAAAAAAGCACAGUUGAAAGCAUCUCAGCAACAUUUACGUUCCAUUGAAAAUGAAAUUAGACAGAAUGAAGAUCAUCUUCAGAGUCAUCGACGACACCAAAAGGAACUACAGAUGAAAACAAGAAAAACAAAUGCAGAAAUAGCAGACCUUGAAAAUAUGGAAGAACACCACUCAGUGGACAUCCGUAUAUUAGAAGAUGAAGCUAAAGAAAAUAAGGGUAAGAUGGAAUCUGUAAAAAAAGACAUGCAGCAACAAAGCAUAAAAAUGGAAGAACUGAAGAAUCUUCUCCAGGUAGCUGAAAAAAAAUUUGAGGAAAUGAAAGAAAAAAUCCAUCAAGUAGAAGAAAUUGCUGGUCCAAUUAAGGAUGAAUUAAACCAAGCUGACUCAGAAGUGGAGAAGAGGAAACGCUGUUUGCAGCACUAUGAAGACAAAAAAAGAGAACACUUGGCUUGCAUAAAAAGACUUAAAGAGCUACUAGCUGCCAAAGAAAAAGAAUUAGAGGAGAAAACAGCCAAAGCCAGACAAAUCUACUCGGAGCGCAUCGAAGUCAGCAGAACUGUUAAGAGUCUUGAUGCAGAAAUGAAUCGUUUGAGAGAGAGUAUAAAUGCAGAAAAUGAUCGCCAUGGAAACAGGGAAGAAAUAAUACAGCAGUUUCAUGAUGCAAAGGAAAGAUAUGAGGAUGCAAACAGUAAAGUAAAGAAUCUAAAGAAGUUUAUUAAACUUCUGGAAGAAAUAAUGACACAGAGAUUCAAAACAUAUUCGCAGUUCUUAAGGCUCCUUUCUUUACGAUGCAAACUGUACUUUGACCAUUUAUUACGUAUUCGAGCUUGCUCUGGAAAAAUACUUUUUGAUCAUAAGAAUGAGACACUUUCAAUAACAGUUCAGCCUCAAGAAGAAGACAAAGCUACCCUCAGUGAUGUGAGAUCUUUAUCAGGAGGUGAACGUUCCUUCUCAACAGUUUGUUUCAUUCUUUCUCUGUGGUCCAUUACUGAAUCUCCUUUCAGAUGCCUGGAUGAAUUUGAUGUCUACAUGGAUAUGGUUAACAGAAGAAUUGCAAUGGAUAUGAUUCUUAAAGUGGCCGACUCUCAGCAUCAUCGACAGUUCAUUUUGCUCACCCCACAAAGCAUGAGUUCUCUGCCUACGAGUUCCUAUAUUCGAAUCCUCCGAAUGCAAGACCCUGAAAGAGGCCAAAGAACAUUGAAUUUUCAAAGACACAGAGACAAUGAGGAAGAUGAAUAAGUACCUCCAUGUAUGAAUAUGGCAUACUGUUGAGGAUAUAUGUGUCAUGAUUAUUUAAAGUUAUUACUUCCUGAUGCUGUAAAAUGUUAGCUACUUUCAGAAAAACAAGACACCUGUGUGGGUUUUUUCUUGUUGUUUUGGUUUGGGUUUUUGAUGUUGUUUGGUUUUGUUUCGUUCUUUGUUUUUUUUUUUAAAGUUACUGUAUAAGAGGAGACCAAGAAUAAGCACAGUUUGGAUGAUGAGAAAUUCAUGAAUGUUCACUUGAUAUUUUUUACUACAGCUAGUCCUUCUGGAAAAGAUGAAAUAUGUUUCAUAUAACUCUGGAUUAAUAUUUUAAUAAACAGUUAGAACUGAUA